UUUGUGUUCACUUCUGGGUUUUUACGAGUGUAAUUCAGUGGCCAUGGCAUUACAGGGAGCACUUAUCUGUUUUUGCUCACUAGCAGUCUUGUCCUCCUCUGCAGCUCAAGAUGACACCUUACCUCCGAAAUGUGACUUGCAAAAAACUCUAUUAAAUCAUCUCAAGGAGGCGGAAGAGUGUGGAGAAGACCUGCCGUCCGAAUGGAGCACAGAGGCGACGGCUAAAGUGCUGCUGACCAUGAAGAAUCUGACUGAAACGCUGCACAAACACCAGCUGAAAGGAUGUCAAGGUGCAGAGCCACAGAAAUGCCCCGCAGCUGAAGUUCCCAAAAAUGGAGGGCUGGCAUGUGUAACAGUCGCCAACACGAGCUACUGCAAACCACUCUGCAGCCAUGGUUAUGACUUUGCUUUCCUGAGGAGAAGUCGUUUGUACGAGAAAUGCGGCGAGCAGACCGGAUAUAAAUGGGAAACUCAGUACAUCGGAGGAAACACGCUGGCUGUGUGCAACGAAGCACCAUUUCAAAUUUCAGGAGCAAAUACAGCGUAUUUUCCCAAAGAUCAGGGCUGCCUGACAACCAAGAGCAACAGCCAACUGCAGAGAGACGUCAUCAGCGUUUUUACCGCUGAGCUGAAGAGUCAUAACGUGCAGGGAGAGCCUCAGUCCUCGUGUCUUGUUUGUGGAUGACCACGAGGCAGAUACGCUCCCUUUAAGUUUCACUGAGAAAUAAAGCUUUGCAAGUAGUUAAAAACUUGUAAAUGUUAGAGUUUGGUGAAUAAAAGUUUUCUUGAACUUU